AUGAGGUCAUCAGCCUCCCUGACCAAACUGGUUGCCCCGUCAUUUCUUGAAAUCGAAAAACCUGACUGAAUAACAGGAAAGACUAGAUUAUAUAAAGCCACAUCCUGACGGGAAAACUAAUUCAUAAUACAACAGAAUGAAGAUCUCUGUGAGUUUUACGCUCUGGCUGCUGGUCGGCUCUGUCUACGCAAGUGAAAGUGUUGAAAGCCAGCUGACUUUUCCUCAAGACAUCUACGCUGCGCUGAGAGAGAUGACCGCCUCGUUGGUUCAACUGAAGGCGGACAUGAGAUUGUUGCAGACUCAAGAACAAGCAGCACAGCUGAAGACUGAAGUGGACAACCUGAAGACUGAAGUGGACAAGCAGAAGACUGAAGUGGACAAGCAGAAGACUGAAGUGGACUACCUGAAGACUGAAGUGGACAACCAGAAGCAACAACAGCUAGUCCGACAGGUUGCAUUCUCAGCCUCUCUGCAUGCUGGUGAAGGCAAAUUAAACCUUGGACCCUUUACCACAGACACUCUUCUGAUCUACAAAUACGUCCAGACCAACAUCGGAAAUGCCUACAACUCAAACACAGGUGUGUUCACUGCCCCGGUGAGAGGAGCGUACAACUUUGAGUGGAUGGUCGCUGCACAUGAAGAUGGCGGCCGCGGUACAGGUGCUUGGUUGGUCAAGAACUCUGAGAAUGUUCUCUUGGCAUACGAGAGUCAGGCGGCUGGUUUUGUAAGUUCUUCUAAAGGCAUUACGCUGUUGCUGGAGGUGGGAGACGUUGUGUUUGUACGUCAGGUAGCGUACAGUUUGAUGCAUGAUGAUGCAACUCACCCCACCACCUUCAGUGGUCAUCUGCUGUUCCCCAUGUAAGACAGAAACAGCAGCUCUGUUUUUGUUGUCUUAAACAAGUCUUCAUAUAUAGCACUUCAUUGAUUUGAUCUGAUUUGAUCUGCAUCCAAAUAAUAAUAAGUAAUAAUUGUCGACAGGAAUCUUUUUUUCUUCAAAUAUUAAACUGAUUAAUGUUG